GGAAUUCAGAAGUUUCCAUAACAUAUCAUGAUUGUACUCAUGCUUUCGGCAUAUUCCUUGCUAUUUUGUUCAGCUUCAGCUCGUGAGCGAGUGGCAUCAUCUGGAGGAAGAAUAGCUCAUGGAUUCAAGGCAAAAGAAGGGAGGUUCCCCUUUGUUGUUGCCAUAAUGUACAAGCAUGAUCAGUAUUUCUGUGCUGGAACAAUCAUAACACCGAAAUUCGUAUUGACAGCUGCGCAUUGCGAUACUCGAAAUGGACCUUCUAGUGUUGUCGCAGGAUCAAAUUAUUUUCCGGAUUUCGAAUAUAGAAGAAAUGUCAAGAAUUUUUUCCCUCAUCCAAAAUAUAUCGACUUUAUCCGCGUUCGCUAUGACGUGGCGAUUAUCGAACUGGAUCAUGAACUUCCGAUGAUACCGAGGCGGGUCAUGUUCGCCAAACUUCCUGAAUACUCCACUGAGGUACCCGAUGAUUAUGGAACUGUAGCGGGAUGGGGUGUUACUAAAGAGGGAUUUACCGAACCCAGCCCGUUCCUGUUGGCAGUUUGUUUGAAAAAAGUGGAAUGCAAAGCUGCGGAGGAAUUCUUCUGCCUGGCUAACCCUGGAGGAAACCAAGAUUCUUGCGCUGGCGAUUCUGGAGGACCUUUUCUGAUCAAUAGAACAGUGUAUGGUGUGGUUUCGUUUGGAGUUACGGAUUGUGGUACAGGCACUCCUGGACGAUAUAUGAAGGUACCAUUGGUCGUGGAAUGGAUAAGGGAAACAGCAGGAAUACCUGAGAGCCCUAAAUCUCCAUCUUGUGAAGCCUUUGAAGGUCGCAGAAAUUUAUGAUGUGUUUAGGUAGACUUCGUAAGAACCUAACCUCAUCAGUGAUCACGUGAAGGCCGUCAGCGAAUGAUUGUUCUUUUUUUGUCUUAGUUCUUAGGAAGUCUGUAUAAACCCAACAGUGCUGUUGCGAAAUUAAAUGUUUUCUUUUCGUAUAAACAAAAUGCCUACAUAUUUCGAAAUAACUUUUUAUUCAAUUGUAUUUUUUGUUAGUAGAUUAACCAAUGUUAAUAUAUUUCUUCGAAACCUCCAGUUGAGUGUUUCCAAAUUUUAUUAAUCUCUUGUCAUAUAUGUUUUAUAUGUGGUACAAAACUUUUGCUGUCAUGAAAAAUGAAUGAACAAA